GUGUGUGUGUGUGUGUGUGUGUGUUUGUGUAGGACUUGUGCAUUAAACAAGCUCAGUCUCUACACAUUAAAAGCACACUUGUGGAGGAGGCUGCCAAAGAACUGAUCAACAUGUUGAUGGAGUUUGACCAUGGCCAGAAAGAGGACACAGAGAAGGUGGAAGCAGCAGCCCAGGAGCUGCUGUACUUCUUCAGCCAUCACACUGCAGACGCCCUGCUCAGAGUGACACGCAACACCUUGGAGAUGAUAUGCAAGAGAACGCACA